AUGCGUCUGUUCAGCUUGGCUGUGGAGGAGGAAUUGGAGCGUUCGGAGCCAAACGUCCCGGAAUUACUCCAAAAAACGUGCGUACGGGUGGCACUGGUGAAAGACGUGAGUGCGAAUGCGCUGAAAACUCCCUGCUGGUUCAUGAUCGUCAAUCUGGUGGCGCUUGAUGUACUCCGAACCAAGCUUAACUUCCUCCUUAAUCUCAGUACCAUUUUCACUCAGUCUCGAUGA